GGAGCGUCCUUCUGGUACUCCACUUCGACAGCCCUCUGCACCUCGUCGCCGCACCCAGGAGCCCUCUGCGCCGCCCUACAUGCGUCCCAUCAGCUUUUGCGCCCCGUCCAAUCUUGAUCUCGCGAAGGAUCAAGCUCCGAUUUAUUCCAUACGGAAGCCCGCCUGAGGUCCCGACUUACCUACCCUUUUUGGAAGUUUCACCUGUCAAACAAAUUCUGAACCCUCACACUACCACCGACAAUGGCUAAGAAGAAGAAGCCAGCGGGAAAUCCUUCACGUGGUUUCGCUACCACUUCGGUCGCCAGCAAACCAAAGGUUGAGAAAUCUGUCGUUGACGCCACCGACAAAGAAAGCGUGCCUGCGCUUCCCAAAAUUGGGACAACCGUCCCUCAAGUGGAUGCUUCAGCUGCCAAGAAGGAGGAACUUGCGAAGCAGGAGGUCACCCAGACUCCAGAAGAGCUUGAGGCUCAGCUUGAGCGCGACGAAUUGCAAUUGCUCGUUGAGAAGCAUGCCGCCAAGGUGCGACGAGAGUCUCGUCGACAGGUCACCAAGUUCGAUACGGAUCGCAGAGUUCUUCGUGCGCAAUCUCAUCACAUGAAUGUUCACGAGUGGCUCCCAAAUGAGAUCCUGGACACCAUUAUUUCCUUGGCGCAAACUGAAUCGAACGACUCAAACCGCAGGCAAGGACAGCAGCAGUCUUUGCUCAAAGUGAUGUCAGAGGAAGAUGCCAUGUCGAAGCUAUGGACCCUCAGCUUGACUCUGCGUGAUCUUGAAUUCACCCGCGAGCAGAUUGAGCCUGUCUUGAGGUGGAUCUGUGCAGACGCCGGCGGCAUCGACGCAUCAUCCGCUGUCUGGGGCUUACAGGAAGCGCUGGAGUGGCUUGCACUGGAUCAAUGCGAAGGGCACAACUUCUCCUACGAAGAUUCGAAGCCAAGGCAGCCGAUGAUAUCCACUCCAGAUGUGUCCCGUCCAGUGUCACCCAUACCGGAGCUCUUAAUACCCCAGAACGGCUCAGCCGGUUCAUCAGAGCACAACUCGAAGCAAGCGCUAGCAUCAGGGCUGCCCACUCCAGCCGAAUCGGAUCACAGCGAUGUUCAAGUCAGCGACAUUGACAGUGAUAUUGACCUAGACGAACUUGUGCCAACGUAUCUGAAGGUCAAAGGCAGAUUGUACGAGAUUGACCCCGAGCUCGUCGAGGUCAAUCCACGAAAGAAGGGUUCGAAGGGCAAGAAGGCAGCAGCAACAAAGACAGUACAAUCGCUAAAGGUCCGAAAGCUCCUGUCGCAAUUACAGCAGCUCGAAUCCGAUGCCUUGUUUGACGAUCGCGAGGCCGAGGCAAGGUGGCCGUCAAAGCGCAAUGAAAUCGCCCUAAAUCAGGCCGCGAAAAGACAGGCGGAAGCGGUACAGCCAAGGGCCUCGAAGGGACCAAGCCAAGACGAGAUUGCGGACAAGCCGUCAUUCAACGAACGAUCCUCCUCGAUGAGGGUGAAUGGCGGGGACGCCGACGACAUCAUGGCAGAAGCUGAUAUGUUGGGCGAUAUGUUCUCUGCAAUCCCCGAUGAGCCGACAGCUGACAACACUACGACUGAGAAUGCUGAGGCAGGCAACAUCACCUUGAGAGACUUCGGAAAGCAAGGCGGAGUCACACCGCGUCGUGUCCUCGAAGAAGCUGUACGCUCAAGAGACCCUGGAGCUCGAGUCAUGUACAAGCUGAUCUCGCCAACCCUCUAUCGGUGUCGGCAUGCGGUAACUAUCACAUGGUCGAAAGACCUCGAAAUCGAGUAUGAGACCGACAUAUCUGGUGUCAACGUUGCACUGCGUGGCAUCCAAGCAGUAUUCGAGGCCACGACCAUUGCUGCCAUUGAUGCUGACCAAAGCGAAGGCUUCAUAUCCACUGUGGCCUUGUUUUCGACCUCCGCUGCGUUGGCCAAAGAAGAGAAAGUUUACAUCCGGCUUUCACCGAACUGGAGAGAUGUCUAUCGUGAAUUCCUUGAACACCGCAAAGAUCGCAUCGAUGCGGAGGACCGUGAAGCCGUCAGAUACUACCGUUCGAUUGUUCAAGAUCAGAUAGAGAACGAAGAGUCUGAUGGUGUUGUCCUGACUAAUCGGUGGAAAAGUCGAACUCAGGUUGGUACAAGUUACAGUCUUUCCAACUCUGGGUUGAGCACUCCUGUUCCUGAAACCCAAGGCCUCCGAGAUCUUUGGGCGCAGAAGGCUGCAACACAAUCAUAUCAGCAUAUGCUAGUUGGCAGGAUGAACUUGCCAGUGUAUGGCUUUAGGGAAUCCAUUUUAUCGACCAUCGACAAGAACCAGGUCACUAUCGUCUGUGGUGAGACGGGCUGUGGAAAGAGCACGCAGAUACCAUCUUUCAUCUUGGAACACCAGCUUAGCCAGGGCAAGGCCUGCAAGGUUUAUUGUACGGAGCCUAGACGAAUCUCGGCCAUCUCACUUGCUCAGCGCGUCAGCGAAGAGCUCGGUGAGGGUCCAAAAGACCUUGGAUCAACGCGCUCUCUUGUUGGAUAUGCUAUUCGUCUGGAGUCCAAGACAUCUGCACAGACCAGGCUCAUUUAUGCAACUGUCGGAGUAGUGUUGAGGAUGUUGGAGGGACCCAAAGGCUUGAGAGAGGUCACACAUCUGGUUAUUGACGAGGUCCACGAACGGAGCAUUGAUACCGAUUUCUUGCUAAUUAUCCUCCGGACACUCAUGGAUCGUCGUCCCGAGCUCAGGGUCAUCCUGAUGAGUGCUACUGUGGAUGCGGCUCGCUUCUCUCGAUACCUCAAUGACGCUCCGAUUCUGAAUGUGCCUGGACGAACGUUCCCUGUGCAGACCCAAUUCCUGGAAGACGCCAUUGAGUUGACACACUAUGCCGGUUCUACUGAAGACGCCCGGAAGAACGGCAACAGCAGUGGUGACGAUGACGAUGAGGAGAUCACGUCCGAGAAGUCUGGCAUCCCAAGCAAGCUCCCGGGAUACAGCCCAGCAACUCGAAACGUGCUAUCUACUUACGACGAGUAUGCUAUCGACUACGAUCUGAUCGUUCGAUUGAUCGAAGCUGUGGCGUACGACCCGCAACUUAGCCGAUUUAGCAGUGCGGUGUUGGUGUUCCUGCCAGGUAUCGCUGAAAUUCGACAGCUCAACGACAUGCUUGCCGGUCACCCUUCCUUCAGCUCAAAUUGGCUGAUCUACCCGUUACACUCCACCAUUUCAAGCGACGACCAGCAGGCCGCCUUCCUCUUUCCUCCGCUGGGCUGUCGAAAGAUUGUGAUCGCAACCAACAUUGCGGAGACUGGUGUGACUAUCCCGGAUAUCACGUGCGUCAUUGACACUGGCAAGCACAAGGAGAUGCGCUUUGACGAGCGCCGUCAAUUGUCUCGUCUUGCACAAUCUUUUAUCGCACGCGCAAACGCAAAGCAGCGACGCGGUCGUGCUGGUCGUGUACAGGAAGGAUUGUGCUUUCACCUAUUUACAAAGUAUCGUCACGACAACCUCAUGAUGGACCAGCAAACUCCUGAGAUGUUACGCUUAUCGUUGCAAGACCUCGUCAUGCGGACGAAAAUUUGUAAGCUUGGCGACAUCGAGGCUACAUUGUCAGAAGCUCUAGAUCCGCCAUCCCCCAAGAACAUUCGACGUGCGAUCGAUGCGCUCAUCGAGGUUGAUGCGUUGACCCCCGGUGAGGAGCUUACCAGUCUGGGCCGUCAAAUCUCUAGACUGCCCCUAGACGCACAUCUCGGGAAGCUGGUACUGCUCGCCAGUAUUUUUAGCUGUGUAGACGUUGCCAUCACGAUUGCUGCCAUCCUCUCCUCCAAGUCGCCUUUCCUAACACCUUUCGGCGCGAAGCAACGAGCCGACAUUGCACGCUUGUCAUUCAAGACCGGCGACUCUGACCUACUCACAACCUACAACGCUUAUAAAGCAUGGCGCAGCGUAUGCACCGCUGCCGGCCGCUCAGAGAUGCAGUUCUGCCACAAGAACUUCCUCUCCCCACAAAACCUAGGCAACAUCGAAGACCUAAAAGCUCAACUGCUAAGUAACCUCGUUGAGUCAGGAUUCGUCCUGAUGUCGCCGGAAGACCGCCGGGUACUCAGCCGCUACCGAUCGACGACACGGCACCGGGUCUUCGUUAAUGUCCCACCACAGUACGACACCUACUCAAACAACGAACAUCUCGUCAACUCUGUGAUCGCAACAGCGUUCUACCCUAAGCUGCUCACCCGCGAAGGUAAAGGCUGGCGCAACAUCAGCAACAACCAGACUGUCAAUCUGGCACCCACGAGCGUCAACAAGGGAACCAACACCGCCAAGUUCCUCUCCUACUACCACAUAAUGCAGUCAAGUAGCAAGUUUUACAACGCGCACUCGACCUCCAUCGCACACCCACUGCCAAUGGUGCUCAUGGUUGGCGCAGACAUGGACUUCAAGCUGCAUGCGGGCGUGGCCAGCUUCCCAGGCAACGUUGUCCGGUUUGCGGUCAGGGAGUGGAGGGCCGCUGUUGCGCUGAAGGUACUGAGACGCAGGGUCAAGGAGAUCUUGAGCGCAAGCUGGAAAAAUCCUGGUAGAGCGAUGAGUGAGAGGGAAAGAGUGUGGUUGGGGAUCUUCGAGAGGGUGUUUACGGAGAGGUGGGAGAAGGAUGAGAGGAUUAGGGAGAGAGCGGGUGGUAAGGCGAGGUGAGAUGCAUAGUGUACUGUCUAGAAUGGCCUUUGUGGUCUGGACACUGGACUGGAAAAGCAAGUUCGAAAGAGAGUAUGAUAGCUGCUAGUACAAUGUCUAGUCGAGUGCUUGGAGCAUCCGCAUUGGAAGUCU